CUUUACCACCCACGAUAUGUCCGAACAAUAUAAAGUGAUACAGGAGCCAUGUCAACGGUGAGAAGUGUACGGACGGACAAAGAAAAAUGGAUAAAAAGUACAAAGAAUGAAUACGGUGCAAAUAAAUGUAAGAAGAGUUCAAAUCGGAAAACAAGAUGGCGUCGCACGAGACGGAACACAAGAUGGCGGCUGAGCACAAAAUGGCUGAUACCUUUGAUCGUUUUAAAUGUUGGCGGGCAGAGCAACGCUGUUGAAAUUCUAACCAGCAGCGUCUUGGCCUCGAUCCUCGGGUACCCGUCGACUUGCAUCCUCGGUUCCGAGGUCAGACCUUGCACUUUGACUCUUACGUGCUGGCUCCGAGGCGGCACCGGGGUCCGGGGCUGUGGAAGCGGCUGGCUGUUCUCUUGCUGCGCAUCCGUCGAAGCACCUGGAACCAAUAAUAUCGACAACAGUAUACCGUCUUCGGACUGGAAGUACAAAGUUUCUCCUCCGAAGCUCCGCACAGUGCCUCAACGAAGCGUCGUACCAACAAAUGUCUUCAGAAGGAGAGUGGACGAUGACGCUACCCAGGGAGGAGUUUUGAUUAGGAAAUCUGUGGGAUUCAGUCCUCCUCGCAUCGCUUUCCUCAUCACUGAAGAUCUUGACUCUCCCGCUGCAUCAUUUUAUCACGAUGGGUGUGAAUAG